GCACAACUUUCGCAGAAUCCACCUUAAAAUCUCUGCCUUAAACUGCACCAGCCCCCAAAAUAUCCAAGGGGGGAAGCGAAGGGGGGGAGAGCAGAUUUCCCCCUCCCCCCUCUCCUCUCCCAUCCCUCCCCCUACCUCCUCCCUUUGAGUUAAGGCCCCGCUCACUAUAUCUCUUUAUAUUAAAUAUAUAUAUAUAUUAGAGAAGAGCGAGAGAGAAGGAGAACCACCUCCGCCCCCUCUUAUUUUUAAUUUUUUUUAUUUUUUGCAAGGAUCCCAAGAGCUAAGGUGGCUGCAGAGGGGAGAGCGGCGCGAGCCAAGUGGGGGGAGGGUGGAGGAAACCCAGGAGAAGGCUUUCUCCAGCCCCCAAAGUUUUGAUGAUGACCAUGACUACGAUGGCUGACGGCUUAGAAGGCCAGGACUCAUCCAAAUCCGCCUUCAUGGAGUUCGGGCAACAACAGCAGCAGCAGCAGCAGCAGCAACAGCAGCAGCAGCAACAGCAGCAGCAGCAACAGCAGCAACAGCCGCCGCCGCCGCCGCCGCCGCAGCCGCACUCGCAGCAGAGCUCCCCGGCCAUGGCAGGCGCGCACUACCCUCUGCACUGUCUGCACUCGGCGGCGGCGGCGGCGGCGGCGGCCGGCUCGCACCACCACCACCACCACCAGCACCACCACCACGGCUCGCCCUAUGCGUCGGGCGGCGGCAACUCCUACAACCACCGCUCGCUCGCCGCCUACCCCUACAUGAGCCACUCGCAGCACAGCCCUUACCUCCAGUCCUACCACAACAGCAGCGCGGCCGCCCAGACGCGAGGGGACGACACAGAUCAACAAAAAACCACAGUGAUUGAAAAUGGGGAAAUCAGAUUCAAUGGAAAAGGGAAAAAGAUUCGGAAGCCUCGGACCAUUUAUUCCAGCCUGCAGCUCCAGGCUUUAAACCAUCGCUUUCAGCAGACUCAGUACCUGGCCCUUCCCGAGAGAGCUGAACUGGCAGCUUCCUUAGGACUGACACAAACACAGGUGAAGAUAUGGUUUCAGAACAAACGCUCUAAGUUUAAGAAACUGCUGAAACAGGGCAGUAACCCGCAUGAGAGCGACCCUCUCCCGGGCUCAGCGGCCCUGUCGCCGCGGUCGCCGGCGCUGCCUCCAGUGUGGGACGUUUCCGCCUCGGCCAAGGGCGUCAGUAUGCCCCCAAACAGCUACAUGCCAGGCUAUUCGCAUUGGUACUCCUCGCCACAUCAGGACACGAUGCAGAGACCACAGAUGAUACAUUUUCCUCACACCAGAAGAAUCUGCGCAAACAUGGCAGCGUUUUUACUUGUUUAAUGAGCUUAAGACAUUACAUGAUGAAAGAGAAGCAUUUCAGACUCCUGCGUUUUUAUUUACCAAUGCCAGACUGACAAGAAGAAGAAAAGAAGAAGCAGAAGAAGAAGAGAGAAGAGAAGAGAAGGAAAGAAAGACCCUCACAUAACCGCCAUUCUCUAAAGAAAAAGGAAAAAUCGGCUGUAAGAUUAGAACGUUGCCAUAAAGGGAACGCUGCAUGUUUUAUCAAAAUGCAAUGAGCAAGAAUGAUGAUUUCAAAACAAAACCAAACCACUCUUUCCCCAUCCCAUCCCCAAACCCUGACCUGGAAUCAGGAAAGACAGAGGAAACAACCAAAAUCAUGGAUCUAUUGCUUUGAUACCUUUACUAGGUGAAUUGGUGGCAUUCACUAAGCUAAUAGGGACGUUUAUAUCAAGAAACAUUUCUGUAUAUAUUGUUGAAUUUUAGUUGUAUAUAUACUUUGUAUGUUUUUGUCUUCUUUCAUAUAUGGAGUAAAAGCCACAAAACGC